CCACAGAUUUUUCAUCUCCCCUGUAUUAAUGCUGGCCUCUUCUUCCUCCUCUUCUCUAGACCCCCGAAGAGAAUUAAAAAUGAGGCCUGGCAUCUCUUUGAACGAUCCUAAUCCACUAGCUCCGAUGGCCGCAACGGUGGAAGCCAUCCCACCGGCCGUACACACGGCGCCAUGGCGCUCACCGGUGCCGUAUCUGUUCGGUGGCCUGGCGUCGAUGUUAGGCCUCAUAACCUUCGCUCUACUCGUCCUCGCUUGCUCCUAUUGGAAGCUUUCGGGCUACCUCGAGAGAGUCGACAGCGAUGAACAUAUGAGCGAGACAGCUGGUUCCGGUGGCCUCGGAAAAGCUGCAGAUGAAGCGCAAGAGAAGAAGGCGACGGAUUUGGAAGAACGGUUCGUCGUCAUCAUGGCCGGAGAUGAGAAGAAAAUAUUUCUCGCCAAUCCCAUUCGUAGCCGCGCUUCCACUUUCAGUGGCAGCGGUGGAGACGAGCAGCCUUCCGCCGCCGCGAAGAUAGGCGAGAACGAGAGCGACGGCGGCGGGGAGACGGUAACAGAGAACUGUGCGGUGAACGUGUCAGGUGGUGACUCGACUCACAAUCACAUCUGAAAUGGUCGUUUUCCUCUUAUUUUCUUGAAAAAUUAUUAAGUGCGUAGUGCGCACAGUUCGCACAAGUAUUGAAUGUCUAACGGUACUCAGCGGUACCGAGUGCGGGUACCGCUAGGUACUCAAUGCUUAUGCGGACGGUUCUCCCUAUCCGCACUCCACACCUAAUAAUCUCUCGAUUUUCUUAACCAUCUUUAUAUAUAUAUAUAUAUUAAUUUUUUUCUUUGGCUGAGCGAGUAUGAUUUGUUUGUAAGUGGGGUUUAAUAUGACUAUUUGAUUUCUUUUUUCGAAAA